GGGAAGUACCGCAGCGAGUGCAGCUCCGUUCUCCGCUGCGUACAUGUUGGCCGGGGUUUUUAUCAGCUCGACAGAACGAACAGGCUUCAUCGACUAUUUUUAAAUUAUAUAUAUAUAUAUAUAGUGUAUAUAUAUAUAUAACGGCACACAAUGGCCACUGACUCAGGCUACGGUCAGCACGGUGGUUCUCAAAGCUAUGGAUCAUAUGGCGGUCAGCAGGGUGGACAGGGUUUUGGGCAAGGAAAUGGCAGUGGCACCUAUGGGGCACAGAGUUACGGUGGCUAUGGACAACAAGAUGGUUUUGGUCAGUCCCAGCAGUCUCAGAGCUAUGAUAAUUAUGGACAGGAAUCAUCUGGGUACGGCGACAAGUCGUCCUCUUUUGUGCCGCAAGCUUCCUAUGGUGGCCAGGGGCAAGGAGGAGACAGUUAUGGACAGCAGAACUACUACGGUGGCCAGGGACAGGGCGGCAGCAGCGGCGGAUAUGGUAGCCAGGGACAGGGCGGCGGCGGCAGCAGCGGGUAUGGUAGCCAGGGACAGGGCGGCGGCGGCGGCGGCGGCGGCGGUGGUGGUGGUGGAUAUGGUAGCCAGGGGCAAGGAGGCGGGGGCUAUGGAAGAUGGAGUGAAGGUGAAGGUGGUGGUCAGGGUGGGAGGUUUGGACGUGACCAUGGUGACCGUUCAGAAGGAGGGGGCUACAGAGGCCGAGGCCGUGGUGGCUAUGACCGUGGCGGAUAUGACCGCAGUGGUGGCUAUGACCGUGGCGGAUACGACCGUGGAGGAAGAGGUGGACCUCCUGGUAUGGGAGGUGGUGACCGUGGUGGCUACAAAAAUUACGGUGGCUCUCGAGACUACGGCUCAAGGGAUGACCCAGCUGGAGAGCAGGACAACUCUGACAACAACACCAUUUUUGUACAGGGACUGGGAGAAGACGCCACGGUUCAGGAAGUUGGCGACUUCUUCAAGCAGAUUGGUAUUAUCAAGGUGAACAAGAAGACUGGCCUGCCAAUGAUCAACAUCUACUCUGACAAGGCCACCGGUCGGCCAAAGGGAGAAGCUACAGUGUCAUUUGAUGACCCGCCUUCUGCCAAAGCUGCUAUUGACUGGUUUGACGGCAAAGAAUUCAAUGGCAAACCCAUCAAAGUGUCAUUUGCCACCCGCAGAGCCGAGUUCACACAGAGAGGAGGUGGAAGAGGGGGACGAGGAGGUUUCAGAGGUCGUGGUGGUGGAGGACCCAACUUUGACAUAAAGGGAGGAGACUGGCCCUGUCCCAACAGCUCUUGCGGCAACAUGAAUUUUGCACGGCGGCAAGAAUGUAACAAGUGUGGUGCACCCAAACCAGGAGAUGGAGGAUUUGGAGGUGGAGACCGUGGUGGCAGAGGAGGCUUUGGAGGUGACCGAGGCGGCGGCUUCAGAGGGCGUGGAGGUUUCCGUGGGGGAGACCGUGGAGGUGGUGGAGGAUACGGCGGCGGCUACAAGAUGGGAGGAAGAGGUGACCGUAGAGACGACAGAAGAGACCGGCCAUACUAAGCCUUGAACAGAUGGAAACAAUUCCAGCCCAUGAGAUCGCCAUGGAGGGAGGGUUUAGUUUGGGAAAACUGGAACGAGGAUAGAUCAGAUAUUCUGAUUUGUGUACCUUUUUUGUAGCCAGUGCAUCCCAACUAUUACUGUUCAUCUGUGAGUGAGGGAAGGAUAUUUGGGGUAAUGUGCAGGGACUUCGGGGCUGAUUGGCACUGUUGGCAUGUGGUCAGAUGUUCUUGGGUUUUUUUUUUUUCCCCCUUGCUUUUUGUUUUUGUUUUUAUUUCUUUGUACAUCCUUUUUAAUUUUCUCUCAGAUUCUAGUUGCAGAUGUUUUGUGAGGUAGACCAUGGUUUUGUAUGAACAAAUGUUUUACUUGGAUUCUUUUUUUUUUUUUUUCCAAAAUAUUAAAAACUGUGAUCUUUU